GAGAACUCCGCUCCACGCGAGAGCUCACCGCAGAGCAGGAAUCAGGAUCGUGCGUAAAUUACGUCAAAUCCGGAAGAAAGCAAAUGCUGCACUGGACGGGGCUGCGCUGUCUUCACCCUUUGUUGACUAUCCCAGUCGACUGUUAACUGUUUACGGCUUUGCCUGUAUCACUUUAACGGAUUUAUCUUUCGUCACUGCCAGCACAUCAGAGGUGUUAUGGAGGAUUUAGAUCAACUUUGAGAUUCGGAUUCGUCCUUCGUCUGGAUCUUGUUUCGCUGGAUUUGCCGAGGCUAAUGCCAUUCAAUACAGCGGCUCACGGUAUAAACAGCAUGGCCAUCGCACAUUCCAGUGGGUCUAAAUAUAUCUAUUAAGGCCAGAAGAAGGGGGAGGACUGGAGAAGGAGUUGAGGGGGGGGGGGACAUUUCACUGUCGUGGUGUAUUCGCACCACUUGAACCGUCUUCCGGAGUAUCACAGGGGAGAACUUGGCUCUAUACAAACAUGCCCUCUGGUUACAAUGUGAGAUCCCGGGCUCGGGAGAGGAACAGCGUCCUGGGAAGACCUGAGUUCAUGUCCCUGAACCAGCCGCCCCCCCGCGCAGGCUCCAGCUCCAGCACCGGCGGCGGCAACAACAGCGGCGGCGGCGGGCAGGGGCCGGGCCCGGGCCCCUCCGAGACCCGCGGGAGCGCAAGACGACCGGGUCAGAUCAAGCAUCAGACCAGCCAGCCGACUGAGGACCCCGUCGACAACGGCAGCAAGGACAGAAGAGAGUCAGGCAAAAUGCCCGAGGAGGACUGCAUGCUGCUCAAUCCUUCCUUCAAGGGGAUCGCGAAGAACUCCCUCCUCGCCAUCGACAUCUGUCUGUCCAAGCGCAUGGGGGUCUGCGCCUACACGUCCUCCUCGCGGGGGGGCUGCCGCUCCAUGGUGGCCCUGUUGGCGCUCACGGGGCAUGGCAUCACGUGGAUUAUUGGCACUAUUGUGUGCCUCACGAGGAGUAACACUCUGGCCGGGCAAGAGGUCCUGGUCAACCUGCUGCUCGCCCUCAUUUUUGACGUCAUAACCGUGGCCGGAGUUCAGAGACUGGUGAAGCGCAGGGGGCCCUGGGAGAUGAUGCCGGGCUUCAUGGACUGCGUCGCCAUGGACACCUACUCCUUCCCCGCCGCUCACGCGAGCCGGGCGGCCAUGGUGUCCAAGUUCCUGCUGUCCCACUUGGUCCUGGCGGUGCCGCUCCGCAUCCUGCUGGUGCUGUGGGCCUUCCUGGUGGGCAUGUCCCGGGUGCUGCUGGGAAAACACCACCUCACUGAUAUGGUGUGUGGCUUCGCACUGGGCCUGCUCCACUUCAGCUUGAUGGAGACGGUGUGGCUCUCGUCAAGCAUGUGUCAGACUCUGAUUUCCAUUAGCACGCUCAGCUGGAGCCCCUUUUUCUGAGGCUUUUCCUAUAAGGCUAUGCUAGCACACAAGGCUGAUUUGAUACACUAACUCUGCUAUGGAAGGGUCUUGUAAGGAUAUUUUUGAAUUGCAGGUUCUGAUAAAGAGGAGCCUUAAUAUUCGGAGUAGGACGCUGGCUUGCAUGUUACAUCAAAGACAGGCAGGUCGAAUGAUUGUAAAGACCUCCAAAAUGCUGCAUAAAUCUUACUUUCUUCAAUCAACUCUAUUAACACGUUUACUGCUCUUUUAUUUCAACAAAGUACUGAAGAAGAAAUUAGCUGCAAAACUGGCAAUGAUGUGAAAAAAAAAAGUAUAUUGCAUUUUAUGACCAUGCCUCAUCUUGGCCUCUCUGGACAUGUUCAGAUUUGUUCAGCUUGCCUUUAACAUAACACUCUAUAAUGCUGCGUUCAUGUGCUCAUCAGACGGUCCCAGUUUCAGAGGUGGGAAGUCGUUCAUCCAACUUCAGUGUGUCCGCGUAGUUUCAGUUCGGAAAGUCGGGGAUGUUGUUUGUUACAACGGUAAAAAAAAAAAAAAAAACAGCGUGGAUUGCCGCAAAGAAGAUGUGAGGAAUGUCUCUGUUACGAGUGACAUUUGAGCAAAACGUUGAUGUGCAAAUAUGUGAAUUAUUAAAAAAGUAUCUUAACGUUAACAAAAACAGAUUUUGGCCUCAAUGUGAUGACGAUUAGACGUCAAGUCGGCAAGUUGGGGACAUAAUUCUUUGCUGAGUUUACUAGCAGGCAUUCACGUGCAUUUUACAACUCGGAAAGUCGUUUUUUUCCAAUGCUUCCGACGUCCUAUGAAUGCACCAUAGCAGUUAAAAGCAGGGUUGAUUAUUUUCUCCAGAAACACUUUUGAAGAUUUUGGUUGAAAUUGUCUUCAGGUCCUGACAGAAAUGAAUAACUCGUGCUCUGAAAAAAGGAACAAAAAAAUCUGGCGUCUGUAGCAGUUGUAAGGAUGUAGAAACUUCAACCAAUGUCUGCCACGAGGUACCAAUCUGAUGAACCAAUCACGCGCCUCCCUGCUCGUUCUCUACCCCUCGUGUGCUCUAGCCCACAUUCAAAGCGCGUCACAGAUGACGGAGUUUAUACUGUGAGUUCACUUACCGCUGAAUGAGACAUGAGACGACGUAGUUUCUACACAAUGCAAGCGAUGAGCUGAGGUCCGCUUCUGGAGCAACGGCGGUGAGGGGGCGUGGCUUUUGAGGGAGCACAGAGGGGAGGGGGUGCAGACGGAGCACUGAGGGAAUGCUACUUUCAAAAUCAUGCUUGUUUUUCCAAAAUUACCAACCCUGCCUUUAACAAACGAUUUAACGUUUCAAAUCAUUUCACGUGUAAUCAUUACUAUACAUCACAAGGAAACACUUUGUUUAAUCAUCUUACUCGUUUGAUUUGUGGCUAAAUGCUCUGUGUGGUAUUGAAUUGAAUUGUAUUAUUACUCACAUCACUGGGGUUUCCACUCUUAAUCAUAUAAAUCAUGUAGGUAAGCUAUAAAGCUAUUUUUGCUUCUUCUUAAAGUGGCAUUGAAUGGGCGGUAAGGCGACCUCAACCCGUCUUGACAUCUUCCAUUUAGUCUCCUGUAUUCCUGUAAUCUUGUACAGUACGCAGACUGAUACUGUUAAUCCUAAACUGAACCGCUUUCUGUUCACCAAAUUCUCUCUCUCUCUCGUGUGUGUGCCUCUUCCUCUUUAGCCUUCUUUCUACUUCCUCCUCCUCUGAUCACUCUUCCUCUUUUCUCACGCUUAUCUUGUUAUUUUUGAAUUAUCGUGCUUUUAUUUGAAACUCUUACAGUAAGACACGUUGAAAAACACUGAACAGAGUUUGGUGCCUGAGACUGUAAUAAUGGAUGUAACACUAAAAUAAAUCACGUGAUUGUUUUCCUACCUGGCAUGACUACCACGUUUCUGAUGGAGAAACUGUUCUUUUUCAAAACAUGGACUUGUUUCUGAUGCUGCUGAAUUGCUGGAUGCCCGUGUAAAGAAAUGUUGCACUUGCACAGAAUUUGAUAUUUUUCUUAAAUGCUUAAAUAUAAUUUUCAUUAAUGUGCUUUUAUUCUUUUUAUUGGUUAUUCUUCUGUUCAGAGCUUUGAUAUCAGGCGGUUGCAGUCUGUACAUUUGCUGUACAGAUGCGUAGGAUUCUCAGUGAAGUUUAUUCUUUCUGUGGCCCAUAAAACAACUAAACGAUCUGUGGAGGUGUGUGUGUGUGUGUGUGUGUGUGUGUGUGUGUGUGUGUGUGUGUGUGUGUGUGUGUGUGUGUGUGUGUGUGUGUGUGUGUGUGUGUGUGUGUGUGUGUGUGUGUGUGUGUGUGUGUGUGUGUGUGUGUGUGUGUGUGUGUGUGUGUGUGUGUGUGUGUGUGUGUGUGUGUGUGUGUGUGUGUGAAAAAAUGUAACAUUUAUUUGUGUGUGUUUUUUUUGUUAAAGUUCACUUGAAUUCAAUCUUGUGGCACCGCUAUUGAGGUGCGUUGGUUUGGUGUGUAAAUACAAUUUGUGUACAUUAGUUUACUUUUAUUAUUAACAGGAAUCUGUACAUCGUGUUUUUACUCUGUUGUUCCAUCUCAUUAAUAAAAGUUGAGUUGGGCUGUCAGUAAA